CACGCUCAAAACGGCUCCUGCUUUCUUCUUCCCUUCUCUAUUUCAUAUUUUAUUCUGCGCAAACCUUCGCCGGCUUUCUUCUUUUCCCCUGCAAAUCACUGCCUUCAAGCCAUCAAUCUUAUUCCUCUGCUGCGGGCUGAUCUUCUCUUCUCUCUCAUCGUCCGAGUCUCGCCCUCCGCUAUUCAGGGUCGUCUACGUGGCGCCAACCAGUGCAUCAGUGCUUGGGAAAGAGUGGACGUUGGUGGGGUUAAAAGAACGGAAGGGCACCAUGACUGAGGAAGCUCAUUUGUCUGUAGCAGAGAAAGGUCUUAGGAAGAGGAGAGUAGGAAGAAAGAAGAGUGCUAAGGCGAAGAAAUUAAAGGUGUUUCCAGAUGCUGCAGAGAAGGUUAAAAUAAAUAAGAAGAUGAAAAAACUCUUCCGGAAGAGGGCACGCGAUUACAAUUCAGAUGAUGAGUCAGGCCCUGGGGUCAGACAUGAACAAGCAUUUCCAGGUGAUGAUAUGAAGGUGGAAAGUGGGGAUUCUUCUGAUGGAGAAAGAGUUGAUGGGGAAGAUGUAGAUACAUGCAAAGGAGAAUAUGAAGGAGAAGAAGAUGAUGAAAUCCAGUCUGGAAUUAUAAAGUUCACAGAAGGUUCUAAUGCAUUCAAAGCGGCUUUCAAGAGCAUCAUAAAGAAGAGUAAAGCUGAUGAUGCAUUGGGACCUGUUCUAUCAGCACACAAACAGCUCAUUGCACAGAAGCUGGCUGAAGAGGAAGCUGAAACAAAAGUCAAAGGAGAGGCAAAGAAGGAAAAACAUUUGAUGGCAGAGAAGGGACACGUGAAGCCCACCAAUUAUUUAGAUUCCCAUGAAAAGUUUCUAAUAGGUGUUGCCACAAAAGGAGUGGUCAAGCUAUUUAAUGCUGUUAACAAGGCACAGACAGCUCAGAAAGGAUUGAAUCCUUCAAGGAACAAAGAUGCAAAAGUAAUAAAGAAGCGGAGAAAAGAAGCCUUCUUUUCAGACUUAGGCAAGACACCAUUGCCAGCCACUGAUGCUCUCACCAAGGGCCGUGCAACUCCUGGCUCAAUAAAUGAUGAAGAGCCUGCUUGGGCUCCAUUACGUGAUAACUACAUGCUAACAAAUCCUAAAUUAAAAGACUGGGAUAAAAAGCAGGAUUCAACCACACCAGAUGAUAUAGGAAGAAUGUCCGAGGGUGGCAGUUCAGAUGAUGAUUGAUCUUCUAGAGGAAUAAACUAGACUAGUAUAUAAUGAUUAAUCUUAAGAUUGUUGUAGCUGAUUGUCUGGAAAGUGUGCAUCUUUACCAGGGAAAUUGAUGCGGAGAGAAGGAAUUUUCCUUGUCCUUUUUCUCCUAUAUUACAUAAUGGUUUUUGUUAUUGUUAAAAAUGCAACUUCCAAAUGAAAAUGAUUAUUUGAUUCCU